UCUUGUUACAGUUGAAUAGGGAUCCUGAAAAAUAUAGGAGCACGGUACCCGUAGCUGGUAACGGUUCAAGACAGAAUUAUGUUGGUAAUGGGUGGAACCAUAGGGAGGAGUUGCCAAAUUGGUAUAACCAGCAAAGUUCAGACUCUGAGGCCAUCCAAGAUGACAUACGGUGGCCAUCACAGCCUUUUCCUACUCCAAAUCUUGCUGAGCAAAGAAACCUGCACAGAGCAACAUCAUAUCCUGAACUACAGCAUCAACAGCCCCCAUACCAGCACCAACAACAAUUUUCCAGCGAACCGAUUCUUGUGCCAGAUCAGCAUGUAGGCCCUCAUAUGGGAUCUUCAUUUCCAAGUUCUCAUCCUCAGUUGGUUGGCAUGCAUCAUGGAUCACCGCAACUCACUGGAAACAUGCCUCAAUUGCGACCUUCUCUUCUCGUGAACAAUCCCCCCUCAGCUCAAUGGAUGAAUCGCCAAAAUAUGUUUCCUGGGGACAAUUCUGGGAUCAUGAACAAUAUGUUACCACAACAUCAGUUAUCUCAUCAAAACGGUUUGAUGCCGCAACAGCAGAGGAUACCUAAGAUGCAGGUUCCUCAGAGUAGGUUACUACAUCCGAUGCAACCUCAUGGGCAUUUGCCAGGAAUGCAGCCUCAAACAUUUAAUUCCCACCUUUCUCGAUCAGCGUCCUCGGGCAGUUAUGAUGCAAUGCUUGGGUUUGGUGAUCAGAGGGAAGCAAGACCAGGAUCGGGGCAGAGGAACAGACACAACAUGCGCUUUCCUCAACAGGGUUUUGAUGGUGGGCUUCAGAGGAGAAAUAAUGCAUGGCCUCCUUUCCGGUCGAAAUAUAUGACAGCUGAUGAAAUAGAGAACAUCUUAAGAAUGCAGCUUGUAGCUACACAUAGCAAUGAUCCUUAUGUAGAUGAUUAUUACCACCAGGGGCGUCUUGCUAAGAAGUCUGCUGGCGCCAAACUGAAGCAUCAUUUCUGUCCGAAUCAUUUAAGAGACCUUCCAUCUCGCGCACGUACUAACAAUGAGCCCCAUGCAUAUCUUCAGGUUGAUGCUCUUGGUAGAGUUCCUUUCUCUUCGAUCCGCAGGCCUCGGCCUCUGCUUGAAAUGGAGCCUCCAAAUUCAAAUAAAUCUGGUAAUCUGGACCAGAAAGAUACAGACAAGCCCCUUGAACAAGAACCAAUGCUUGCAGCCAGGGUGAUUAUUGAAGAAGGUCUCUACCUCUUCCUCGAGGUAGAUGAUAUUGACCGGUUCUUAGAGUUCAAUCAACUCCCGGAUGGUGGAAACCAGUUGAGGCAAAAGCGGCAAGCGCUGUUGGAUGGGCUUGCAGUGUCACUGCAGCUUGUUGACCCACUUGGUAAAAAUGGGCAAAACAGUGGGCUUGCAUCUCAGGAUCUUGUCUUUCUAAGGAUCACCUCCCUUCGAAAGGGUCGGAAGCUACUUACAAGGUACCUCCAGCUUCUUUACCCCGGCAGUGAUCUAAUGCGAAUCGUCUGCAUGGCUAUUUUUAGACACUUAAGGUCUUUGUUUGGAGUGAGAUCAUCAGAUGCCGAAACCACAAAAACAACAAUCAAACUUGGAAAAGUUGUCGCGUUAUGCAUUCACACCAUGGAUCUUGGACCCGUAAGCGCUUGUCUAGCAGCAGUUUCUUGUUCUUCCGAGCACCCACCACUUCGUCCUUUGGGUAGCCCAGUUGGAGACGAAUCUACUAUUAUACUGAAAUCUGCACUCGAUAGAGCUUCCGAGCUUCUCAGUGCUAACAAUUACAACAACGCAGGCAUGAAUCUGUGGCGUGCUUCCUUUGAUGAGUUCUUUAACUUACUGAUGAAACACUGCAUAAGCAAGUACGACAGUAUAAUGCAGAACCUGAAUUCGCAAUUGUUACCACACUUUGCCACAGAGAUGUCUGACGCUGCUGCACAAGCUAUUGUCAGGGAAAUGCCUAUCGAGCUUCUACGUGCAAGUUUCCCGCACAUUAGUGAUGAGCAAAAGAGAAUACUUAUGGAAUUCUUGAAGCCUGGUAGCCAGAAAAUUGAAUCAGUUGUAGCUUGAUGAUAGUGGAUAAAAACUUUAAGUACAACAUGGAGCAGAAAUAGUUAGCAACUGAGAAAUAGUAUCCUACUUUUUAUUCCACUAGUGGUUCUUCUUUCUUUGAUUCUCUAUUUUUGUGUGACGACAUGGAUGAUGUUAACGAAGCAGGAGAAGUUAGGGUUGGAGUGUACAGAGAAGAUCUGAAGCUUAUUUUUAUCUAUAAGAUAGGCAAUGAAGAUGACAGUUACUACUUUGUAUGCAUGUUAUCUCACAAAGGUAUCGAUUUUUUACUCGGAAUCAACAAAUCCUUUUCACUUGUGUUUUGAGUAUUUCUCUUUUGUUAUUCAAAUGGUUCCUAAACGAA